AUGUGUGUGGAAAGAGCCAACCAACCACCACGUAAAUUGAGCGAACAGGGAGUGAACAAUGGGAUCUGCCCCGCCUCUGCGACUCCCACCCUCAGUCAGUGCUGCAAAUCCACUCCUGGCGUGAAAUCGUCAGCUCCUCCCAUACCCACGAAGUCCUCAGACCGUCAAAGACCACCAUUCCUGACACUCGAAUCCCCCUCUCCGUUUUUCUAG